ACACGGACGGAGGCGCGCGCGAAGAAGUAGGUCGCAGCGUGGCAGCCAUGGGGUCGGAGGACGCCGCCGCUGCCGCCGGCGACGGCAAGGUGGUGCUCAAGCGCAAAAUCACGCUCUUCAACGGCGUCGCCAUCAUCGUGGGCACCAUCAUCGGCUCGGGCAUCUUCGUGUCGCCGGCCGGUGUGUACAAGGAGACGCGGUCCGUCGGCAUGUCCAUAGUGGUGUGGCUGGCGUCGGGGCUGUUUUCGGCGCUGGGCGCGCUCUGCUACGCCGAGCUGGGCACGUGCGUGCGGCGAGCCGGCGGCGACUACGGCUACAUCCGAGAGGCGUUCGGGCCGCUGCCCGCCUUCCUCAGCCUGUGGGUGCAGCUGCUGGUGCUGCGGCCCGCCACGCAGGCCAUCGUCGCGCUCACCUUCGCCCACUACGCCACUGCGCCCUUCUUCCCGGAAGUCGCGCCGCCGUCGGACGCCGUGCGUCUCUUGGCUGCUGCCUGCCUUUGUCUGCUGACGGCGGUGAACUGCAUGAGCGUGCGCUGGGCGAUGCGCAUCCAGGACAUCUUCACCGUGGCCAAGCUGGCGGCGCUGGCCGCCAUCAUCGUCGCGGGCAUCGUCCACAUCGGCUCAGGCCACACUGAGUACUUCGACAACCCCAUGGCGGGCGACUACAGCAUGGGCAGCCUGGUGCUGGCCCUGUACUCGGGGCUCUUCGCCUUCGGCGGCUGGAACUUCCUCAACUUCGUCACCGAGGAGCUGCAGGACCCCUACAAGAACCUGCCGCGCGCCAUCUGGAUAGCGAUGCCCAUAGUGACGCUGACGUACGUGCUGGCCAACCUGGCCUACUUUGCCGUCGUGUCGCCGGAAGAGAUGCUGUCCUCAGCCGCCGUCGCCGUGUCGUUCGGCAACCGCAUGUUCGGCGCGGCGCGCUGGACGGUGCCGGUGUUCGUGGCGCUGUCGACGUUCGGCGGCGUCAACGGCAUCCUGUUCACGUCGGGACGGCUGUUCCGCGCAGGCGCAGCCGAGGGACACCUGCCCGUCGCCUUCGCAUUCAUCCACUUGCGCACCUGCACGCCCGUGCCAGCGCUCCUCUUCACCUGCCUGACAUCAUUGAUGAUGCUGACGACGAGCGACGUGUUCGUGCUGAUCAACUUCUUCAGCCUGGUGCUGUGGCUGUCGGUGGCGGCAUGCAUCGCGGCCCUGUUGUACCUGCGGCGCUCCCAGCCGCAGCUGGCGCGGCCCAUCCGGGUCAGCCUGGCACUGCCCCUGCUCUUCCUGCUGUGUUGCUGCUUCCUCGUCUUCGUGCCGAUCGUCGUCGAGACUACGAACACGCUUAUAGGUUUGGGAAUCUCACUUUCUGGCAUACCUGUGUACUACAUAUUUGUAGCAUGGGAAAGAAAACCAAAGAUAAUAAACACUAUGAGUGAAAAUUUUGCAAUUGGUGUGCAGAAGUUGCUGGAAGUUGUCAGUCCAGAAGAAGGAGAAAUAGCAGCCAGUCCUGCAAAAACAUAAUGUGAUUAGGUACCAGUCAUGGUGACACUUCAUAAUGCUACAAAUAUAGAUCUGAAUCUGACAUUCCAUCUGUGAAGAUAUUCCUGAGAAACCUGGACAAUGGGACCAGCUUGCAUCUGAUGCUACAUAUUUUGUUCAGCUGCACGACUUUAAUUUGAUAUUGACUUGCUUUGGGUGCAAAGUUGAUAAGACUUUAAUGCCUUUUUAUUGUGGCUGCAGUCAUCAAAUGAAAAGUGAUGACUUUUAUGGACUAUCCCAAGAUUAUAGGAGCAUAAAUUCUCCUACUCUGAACAUUUUUAUACUCAUUAUUUGAUUUAUUUUAACCUCAAUAAUUUGUGAGUGUUUUGUAUGAUUGUAUUAUUUAAAACAAUUGCUCUGUCUUCAAAUUUAUUGAA